GGCGGGCGCUGCCGGCGAAGGAGCGCACCGGGCCUCUCCCUCGCCGCGCCCGGCCCGCGCCCCGGCCCCGGCCUCGCCACCCCGCCCUGCCGCGCCGCCCGCCCCUUUGUCUGCAGCGCCCGCCGCCCGCUUUGUUUGCCCGCCGAGCCUCGGGCCGGCCUCGCCGCCGCCGCCGCCGCCCGGGCGCGAUGGGGCCGGGGCCAUGAGCCGGGGCGGCGGGGGGCAGCGCGGCCGAGGCGCACCGACCGGGCCGUCCCGCAUGGACCUGGCGGCGGCCGGCUGGGGCGAUGGGGCAGGUGCUGGGCUUCGCCCACUGCAAAGAAUCUCCUUCCACGGCCUCCACCACACCUGACUCGACAGAGGGUGGCAACGAUGAAUCUGACUUUCCUGAGCUGCAGACAGCACGGGAGUUCUCCGAGGACGAGGAGGAGGAGGAGGCCUCUGUGGAAUGGGGGACGCCGCGGGAGCUGACUUUUUCCUACAUCACCAUUGCAGGGGGCCCCAACAGCAGCCCCACCCUGGGGGAGCAUGGCUCUCGGGGCAGGCGUGACUCUCAGACCCGCCGAACGCGGUCCCAGCUGCCCCGCACAGAAACCUGUGAGACUUUCGUGCCGGCUUUGGGGGACAGUUUGGAGAACAUUCCCAGUAUUUGCCCGUCCCCCGAAGGAGAAGGAGUAUCGCCGACAGGCCACGGCCAGGGGCUGGACCCGUUCUCAGGCUGGGAUGUCCAUCCAGGUGACUCCAAUGAAGCAGCGAUAUUGGCAGGAGGAGGAGGAGUGGAUUUAUGCCCACCGCACAGCCCCACAGUGAAGGCUACAGAAGGGGAACAAGACAGCGCGGCAUCAUCAGAUACUUCCCCAGAGGACCUCUCACCACCAGACGCCUUAAUGCCCCAGCCUGCAGAAGGCGCCUCCUGUGGGGCUUCCACCAUCCAACACCAAACACUGACCUUGCUGGAGUUAUGCCAACGUCUAGUGCUGGAGGAAGACAAGGAGGAAGAAGAAGAGGAGGAGGCGGCGGCGGAGGAGGAGGAGGAGGUGGGCCAGGAAUCAGUCACAGAAGAGAAGCAGGCAGAACCAGACCAAUCAGAGAAGGCUCUGGAAACAGUGGCGGACCUGGUGUACUGGCGGGACACCCGCAAGUCGACCUUCGUGUUCACCAGCCUGAUGGUGGCGCUGCUGUGCCUGCUGCACUUCAGCAUCGUCAGCGUGGUCUCCUACGUCUCCCUGGCGGUCCUCGCUGUCACCAUCUCUCUCAGGGUUUACAGCAAAGUCCUGCACGUCAUUCACCGGGGAGAGGGCGCCAACCCUUUCCAGGCUCAGAUGGAUGCUGACCUGGGGCUGUCGAAAGAACAGCUGGAGCGCCUGACAGAGCGAGUUGUUUUCUACACCACCUCAGGCACGCGAUCCAUACAGCGCCUUUUCCUGGUGGAGGACUUGGUGGAGUCCAUUAAGUUUGCGUUCUUGUUCUACAUCCUCACGUACGUGGGAGCCGUGUUCAACGGGAUGACCCUGCUUAUUCUGGGAGUUAUUUGUGCAUUUACGUUCCCUCUGCUGUACAGGCAACAUCAGGCUCAGAUUGACCAAUAUGUAGGGCUGGUGAGGAACCAGUUGAGCAACCUCAGAGCAAAGAUGCUGGCCAAACUCCCAACAGCCAAAGCAAAAGCCGAAUGAAUGAAACGUUCCUCUCUUCCUCCCCUUGCGCACCCACCCUUUGCUCUCAGCCCCUGUUCCUUCCACACAUUUGCCUACUCGUCAUCCCAGCCCCGCCUCAAAGAGGGACCCCGAAACAGAACUCUAAGCUCAUCCCCCACCCCUUCCAAUGGACAGGGGUCCCUUCUCAUUGACCCCAGUCAGGCUAGAAUUUGCUCACUUGCACCCCACCCACCUCUGACUGCCUGGGGAGAGUCGGAUGGAGAGCUCCCCCAGCAGAGUGGGCAGAGAUCAAGCCCCUUUUGCAUUCCCACAGUAUUCCCCUCCGCUAAACAUCAGCAGGUGGGUGGUGGCAUCGCCGCAUGAAACUGACCUAAGGUGCCCUGGAGAGGGGCUUGUGGUUGUCUGGCCUGGCUACAUAUUGGGGGGCGGGUGGGGUGGCCCCUUCCCAAGCAGCCCCCUUUACUAGGCCCCAGCUCAAAAGCUCUGGGCACCUGCGGCGGGCCAAGGAGGGCUUCUUAACCCCUCGCCUUUUCUGUAAGAGCACUGCUUCCUCCUCCUCUCAGUAGCUGGCCAACGACAGAGGAGCCGCACGCUCUCUCCACCCCUGAUCCCGCUGUUCCCCUGGGCCGUGUGCAGCUGAGCCGUGUGCCCUGGACUUGGUCCUCACCAGAUUUACACUGGAAUAGAAAGUGGCAAAAGGCCCGUGUCCCUCAGCCUCCCGACCCCUUUGCUCCCGUGGGGCACGCAGCUUGGCUUACGAUACUCAACCCCCUCGGGGCCCCAGGCCCCACACUAGCUUAGGUACCCCUCAAGGAAUUUUGGGUCAGAGCCUUAUGGCGCCACACAGCAAAGCUGGGAUCCUCUUGAGGAGGUCUCUUUGCUACUGCAAGCCCCCAGAGAAGAAAGGCAGGAUGCAACGGGAAGGGCCAAGCCAGGGCGCCACUGUGAGGGGGGACCGAGGCAUUGGCAGCUCCAACCCGGCUAAGGGCUGCCCUCACAGCAGGAAGUUUGUCUGCCCCCUUCUUUGCCAGCACAGAAGCCGCCCAUCCCCUCCGUUGAGCCAGUCCGGAAGAGUUGCCUUCCUGAAGCUCCAGCCACGGGCACGUGCCUCUUUCCGAACCAUCUGCCCAGCUGCCAGACGACCUGGAUUGCGCGGAAGCUGCAAACCUUGAGCUUCAAAGGAGCAGAGAAGCACCGGUCCUGGGGGGCUGAUUUGCCAAUUGCAGCAUCCCUGGAGAGCAAGAUGAAAGCGGGGACUCCCAUCCAAAUAUUAAAUUUUAGUACAUGUUUUAAAAAAUU